AUGACCUUCGACACUCCUUCUGAGUUUUCUAUUGUUGGCAUUUCCAAUUCCACAGACGGCGAACGCAUCAAAGUCAAGCAAGCCAUCAAACACCCCAAGUACAACGCCGGGACCACGAGCUACGACUUUGCCAUCUUGAUCUUGGAAAAACCGUCCAAGUUCCCUCCGGUCCAGGUCUCGUUUGACACGGUGGCAUUGACCCAUCCCGAAGUUUCAAUAUGGACGAGACCAGCUUUUCUCCUUCGACGACGUCAAAAAAAGUUGUUGUCCACGAGUAAACGAUAUCUGUACGUGCUGACGAAACACCUGUCUCCGCACAUGUAA